AUGGCUUGCCACCCCUAUCCUCAGAGUACAAGUCUGAUGACGCAGGCUUUCGACUUUAUGAGACUCCCUACCGAACUGCGAUUCACGGUGCUCGAGACUUUGAUCGGACCAGCUAUCUGGCCACGAGCAAAAGUUGAAUGCCGCAAUUGCUAUUCCGACGACAACAGCAGCGAGCCGUGCUGCGCGCUGCUGAGAUCACAAGGAGAACGUAGUACCGUUGACGACGAAACCAUCAUUUAUGACUCGGAAGACGAAGAACUUCCUGCGCUCAUGAGUGUCAGCGAUAUUGAAAAGUCCGAAACUUGCGUUCACGUCGAAUUCCUGGAGAACGAGCCUCGAAGACUUGCAAGUCUUGCUAUUGAGACCGCUGGCUGGCCCAAGACUAUUGGCAUUGAUAUACCCUACGAAGUCACAAAACCCACGUACGGUUGCCGCCAGCCGCAUCGGCUGGGACCUGAUGCAUUUAACACUGAUGGGCUGUCAAGGAAAAAUGCACAUUGGAUGAGGAGCCUGCUUCUAGUCAGCCGGCAGUUCAGCUUCGAGUUCCAGAAGAUGCUCUGGGAGUCCACCGUAAAGCGCUACACCCGCCUCCACACUAUGGGCGCAUCUAUCCCGCUACUUCAGUCUGUGAAGUCCACAACCGGCUUCAACACCCUCAGUCGGUUAGCACUGAGCAUGAGCAACAGCCAGCUAUUCCGUCUCUUAGGUUUCCGAAGCAGUUGGAAGCGCGGAUUCAAGCCUUGCACUUCGUCUAGAGAAGUCACCCUUGACAUCCUCACCAACCUAAACCUUGACCACUUGCAUUUUGACUUCCAGAUCCCCAAAGCUCCAUUCAGCGACGAGACUUUCAGUAUCAACGACCCGUGGCGCCAUGUUCACGAUAUGCUCCGCAAUACGGCUUCCUGUCAGAGGAAGUUUGUUGACUUGUUCUUCGUGUUGGCGUUCGAUCGCCUGAGGAAUGUUCCCAAGGUGACCUUAUCUGGUUACUUCAAGGAGAGCAACCUAGAAACAUGGGAAGAAAUCUUGGCGGUAUCGCGGAGGACUCUCGAUUGCGAUAUGACUCCGAAGAUAUCAGCGAUCAUGUCGAUGCCUGCCGACAAAUUGUGA